CUUGGCCUGGUGACCUGUAAGCUCCUGGCGUAUCUCAUUUACUGCAGCAUUUACAGCAGCAUGCUGACUGUGACAGUCCUGAGCAUUCAACGCUAUCUACUGGUGGUGCGCCUACAAAAAUUCUUCGAUCAGGGAGGAAGGAGGAGGCUGCUGGUUCUGCUCUGGCUGGUUGCAAUAAUCCUCUCCAUCCCUGUUUUAGUGGUUCGGCAGCUGACCACAGACCGGCAGUGGAUAACCUGCCAUGCUGUCUUCUCUUCCGAGGCCCAGCAGGUGGCCGUGCUGCUCUCAGAGACACUGAUAGGAUUUGCCUCAAUUUCUGUUGUGGCCUUUGCGUACCUCAGCCUCAAAAGAAAAGUGAACCAGGAUGCUUUUUUCAACAACCCACAGACCACAAAGCUAGUCACGACUAUCAUCGUGACCUAUUUUGUCCUCUGGGUGCCAUAUCUUAUCUUAAAUAUGCUUGGUGUGGCAGCUGUUUCAAGCAGAAGUGAGGGCCUGCUGGAGUUUUAUGUGGAGAGCUCAAGCAUUGUUGGAGCGCUGACAUUUGUGAAUAGCUGCGUGAAUCCGCUCCUUUAUGCAUUUGCUUCUAGAAACAUGUGUACUGUAUGCCAAAAAAGGGCACAUUAG